AUGAACACAAUAACUCUUGCCUGUGAUGAAGGCCAAUUUAAAUGCCCCACUGCAGCCCCUACAGUUUCCUCCGACGAGGUGGACUCCUAUAAUCAUCACAGCUCACCUCCACGCUCUCCACGCUCUUCGAGUCCCGGGCUUUCAGAAUCAGCCACCACAACCUCGGGUUCAGAUGCUGAAGAAGCUUUGACGCCUGAUUCUAAACAUUCCUACCGUACGGGAUGCGCGCAUAUCCUCCCUCAUAGGUCACCAACUCUAAGCCGUUCUCAGAGGCAACGCAACCGAGGCUCCCACCCUUACCGCCGGACAUCCCCAAGUUUCGAAGAGGAGUGCCUGGGCUCUAAAUUAUUAGGCAGACCCUCUAAUAGUGACGAUUCGUCAGAGUCGAUGAGCCUCAGGGUCAAGGAUGUGUAUACAAGGCAAAUAGAACAGCUCUCACCCGACUCAUUCCGUCAUGCUGUGCACUACAAAGAAGCAGUUCGUGAACGCAAGCGCAUGCGCAUGUUCACCGCGGCAUGGGAACUCGAGGAGACCAAAAGGCUGCGUGCUUUUCUUCAAACAACCAUGGUCAAUUCAGAAAUGGAAUUCGUAGCAGCGGAGGAGGAGUCACGCUGGUUGCUUGAUAUGAUUGUUGACCGUCAGAAACUGAAGUCUGUCAAGGCAGAUGUCAGACACGUUACUGCCGCGUAUGACAGGGACAAAAAAUCUCUUCAUCGAGCUGAUGCAGAGCUGUCCCUUCUAAAGGACAGCAUUAUCAAGGCCGAGUCCUGA